CCUAUACCAUCUUCUACUACUUAUAUCCUUUCUUUUGUGUUUUAAUAUGUAAAGGAACGAGAGUUGUUCCUUAAUUUCUUGUCAUGAACCCAAGUUGGGAAACUAUCCAAGAAAAAAGCAAAUAGUAACGUGGCAAUCCAAUCAUCUUCACUUGGUGUAUGCUCAUAAGACCCAACUUGUACUACAAAACAUAUUAUUACUCAUAUAAACCACUUAAUAUUUCCUCUUCUUUCCACACCCCUAACCGAACAACCAAAACGAGAAAACUCAUUCUGGACGUUGAGUUUUUGGAGUUGUUACUUUUUUUUGUCAAUUAUAUUUUCUGUAGCUAGGUAAAAAUGGGGAGAAAGUGUUCACAUUGUGGGAAGAUAGGUCAUAAUUCAAGAACUUGCAGCAGUUUCAAAGUAGGUGCUAUUAGUUGUGGAUUAAGACUCUUUGGAGUGCAAGUAGUUGACAUCUCUGCUUCAUCUUCAUCUGCUUAUGAUGUUCAGUUGAAGAAAAGUUUAAGCUUAGAUUGCUUAUCUUCGCCUCCACCUACUGUCUCAUCAUCAUCUGAAAAGACUACUAGUUGCACAAAUAUUGGUUCUCUCUCUGAUUGUCUCUUAGGUCAAGUUCAUCAAGAUAGAAGGAAAGGAGUUGCAUGGACAGAGGAGGAACACAGAACAUUCUUAGUGGGACUAGAGAAGCUAGGUAAAGGAGAUUGGAGAGGAAUUUCAAGGAACUUUGUGACAACAAGGACUCCAACCCAAGUUGCUAGUCAUGCUCAGAAGUAUUUCCUCAGACUAUCAACUCAUUAUCAUCUCAACAAUAACAAGCGCCGUUCCAGCCUCUUUGACUUGGUAAGGAGCAACAACAAGAACCAUCAUGAAACUAGUCCAGACUUUGCAAAUUCUACUCAUUCUCUGACAAGCUUAAAAGAAGUUUGCCAAGAAACUAGUCGUCCAUCUUUAUUAAUGGAUCUCAAUUCAUCUGGAGAAGAUAUAGCAACCAAAGAUCAUCAACAUUGCAAAAACACUCAACAACCUCUUUGGCCUUAUGAAUUCCUGGCUUCUCAUCAGAUGGUGUCUUCUUCUCCAAUAACUAUGUCCAUUUCUCCAGUGGCAGUAGCACUUGAUUUGGAGCUAAGUCUAGCAGCUCCAAGAAAUGCGGAUAAAAACAAGCCAAAUACCUUUCUAAUUGGACCUAUUCCUGUUACUUAGCUAAUUAAUGAAUGUAUUUUCCUAUUAUCAUGUUACUACUAUAUAAUAGUACUUCUAUAACUCUA